GCCUGUCCAGGCACUGCCAAUCGAGCGCGGAGUCCCGCCGCUCCGCUAGUCCCGGCUAGCCGCCAGCCGAACGCCGGCCUAGUCUCGCCGGAAACCUGAAACCAGCCGCGUGUGUCGGCGACGCGGGCUGCGCUUGCGCGUCAGGGGAGAGGGUGAUCCGUGGGAGAGCCGGGUCCGUCGCGGGGACCGGGUAGAGAGCCCCGUCGGAGUGCACUGCGCCGGACACUUCAAGCCCUGGAGGGACCGGAAAGCCAGAAAUGAACCUCAUGAGACUCACUAGACUGUUCUCCAGGGCCCGCCCCAUGGGACUGUUCGUCCUGCAACACCUGGAUCCCUGUAGCGCCAGGUGGGCGGGAGGCAGGGAGGGGCUGAUGCGGCCAGUGUGGGCAGCCUUCAGCAGCUCCUCCUCUCAGCUGCCCCUCGGCCAGGAGCACCUGGAGAACACGGGCAGCCUGGGCUCUGACCCGAGCCACUCCAACUCCGCGGCCAUGCAGGAAGAAGACGAGGAGGAGGAGGAGAGUUUUGGGACCCUCUCUGACAAAUACUCCUCCCGGAGACUAUUCCACAAAUCCACAGCCCAGUUCCAUAACCUGCGGUUCAGGGAACAGAGAGAGGAGCCAGAGGAACCGGAGCCCAAAUUAUGGCAAGGCCGGAGAAACACCCCGUACUGGUACUUCUUGCAGUGCAAACGCCUGAUCAAGGAAGGGAAGCUGGUCGAAGCGCUGGACCUGUUUGAGAGGCAGAUGCUGAAGGAGGAGCGACUGCAGCCCAUGGAGAGCAACUACACGGUGCUGAUCGGGGGCUGCGGGCGGGUCGGCUACCUGAAGAAGGCCUUCAAGCUCUACAACCAGAUGAAAAAGCGGGACCUGGAGCCCUCAGACGCCACCUACACGGCCCUGUUCAAUGUCUGUGCCGAGUCCCCCUGGAAGGACUCGGCUCUGCAGAGCGCCCUGAAGCUCCGGCAGCAGCUGCAGGCCAAAAACAUCGAACUCAACUUGAAAACGUACCACGCGCUGCUGAAGAUGGCUGCCAAGUGUGCAGACCUUAGAAUGUGCCUUGAUGUGUUCAAGGAAAUCAUCCACAAAGGGCACAUUGUCACAGAGGAGACUUUCAGUUUCCUGCUCAUGGGCUGCAUCCAAGACAAGAAGACGGGCUUCCGGUAUGCCCUCCAGGUGUGGCGGCUGAUGCUGAGUCUGGGGCUACAGCCGAGCCGGGACAGCUACAACCUGCUGUUGGCAGCAGCUCGGGACUGUGGCCUAGGGGACCCCCAGGUAGCCUCAGAGCUGCUUCUGAAGCCCAGUGAGGAGGCAACCGUGCUUCAGCCCCCAGUGGGCAGGCAGCGACCAAGGAGGACAGCCCAGGCCAAGGCAGGCAACCGUAUGUCAGCUGUGCUGCACGUGGAGGCCCUGGAGAGGCAGCUGUUUCUGGAACCUUCUCAGGCACUUGGGCCUCCAGAGCCUCAGGAAGCCAGAGUGCCCGGCAAGGCCCAGCCAGAGGUGGAAACCAAGGCAGAGCCCAGCCACACAGUGGCCCUGCCCCCUGUGGCCCUGAAGCCACCUCCCGUGGAGCUGGAAGUCAAUCUCCUGACCCCUGGGGCCGUUCCCCCCACCGUGGUCUCCUUUGGAACAGUGAGCACCCCAGCUGACAGGCUGGCCUUAAUAGGGGGCCUGGAGGGCUUCCUGAGCAAGAUGGCAGAGCAUAGGCAGCAGCCUGACAUCAGGACCCUCACGCUACUGGCCGAGGUGGUGGAGUCCGGGAGUCCUGCGGAGUCCUUGCUGCUGGCCCUCCUGGACAAACACCAGGUGGAGGCCGACCUGACAUUCUUUAACACGCUGGUGAGAAAGAAGAGCAAGCUGGGAGACCUGGAGGGGGCCAAGGCGCUGUUGCCAGUCCUGGCGAAGAGGGGCCUUGUCCCCAACCUGCAGACAUUCUGCAACCUGGCCAUCGGGUGCCACAAGCCGAAGGAUGGUCUGCAGCUGCUGACAGACAUGAAGGCUGACCACCACCUGGUGACCAUGCAUCAUGGGGAAACCCACCCCAGGGAGCGAGGAGGUGGUGUCUCCCGCAUCAUUUUCUGCCUGAGUCAGUCGGUGUCUGAGAGCAGCACGGGCGUCCUUUUCCGCAGCUUCUUUAGGGCUGAGCAGAAGGGCUGGGCUUGGCUUUCCUGCUGGAGAGGGACAUUCAGCGCAUCGUUGCUGCCAGAAGUCCCAGGUGAUCCCCAACACUCACAUCUACAGCGCCCUCAUCAACGCGGCCGUCAGGAAGCUGGACUACACCUAUCUCAUCAACAUCUUGAAAGACAUGAAGCAGAACAGGGUCCCAGUGAACGAAGUGGUCAUCCGCCAGCUGGAGUUUGCAGCCCAGUACCCUCCGACCUUUGACCGGUACCAAGGGAGGAACACCUACCUGGCGAAGAUUGACGGCUUCCGAGCCUAUUACAAGCAGUGGUUGACAGUGAUGCCCGCAGAGGAAACCCUGCACCCCUGGCAGAAGUUCCGGACCAAGCCCCAGGAGGACCAGGACACUGGCAAGGAGGCUGAUGUGGACGGAUGUGCCCUGGGGGGCAGGUGAUGGGAGCACAGCUGAACAGCGUGCUCAGCCCUCAGUGCUCUGUGGGAGCCCCAGGACAAGUGAGCUGGUGUCACCUCCUGCCUGGGGGAAGAGCCAGGCCCUGAGGAACAGCUGCAGUGUGUCACGGGUGUUGGUGUGAGGACACAUGCUAGGCCCAAGGUGCCUGCACUCCCGGCAGGUCCAAGGGCAGCUCCAGCCACUUUCGCAUGUCACCUUGGGUCUUCCAGCUCCAGUACCUUUGCGUGUCACCUCACACACCACAAGGGGACUGGGGCAUCUGGUCCCUGGGGCCUGGUGCCGCCCUGCCGGGUUCCACAGGCCAAUGCUCUGAAAGAAUAGACGUGGGGCCCGAGAGGUUUAAAGAUUUUAUUUUUACAAAUCACAGCUGAUGGACAGCGAAGCCUUCCCCGUAGAGACCCGUGCUCCAACUUGGGCCUGGGGCACUGCUCGCUGCUCCCAGGAAGGGGGUGGCGCCACAGGCAGGAACCUGCGAAGUCCAGAGUCCAGGGUGGAGAGCGCUAGCCUCAGCCAGAGCAGCCACGGCAGCCACAGUGUGUGCACUCGAUGAUGCGGCCCUGCAAUGGAGGAGGACAUUGAGAUGAUGCCACUGCGCCACACUCGUCCCUGCACGCUCACAUACGUGGCAACCCUCUGCCACCAUGCCGUAUAGGGACACACCUCAGAAACCCUUCUGUGACAGCUCUGGACGGAAAAUUUGGCUCCCUCAUGAACGUGGAAACAGCUGCUAUUGAUACCAAGGUUACAUCUGUAUGUGUAGUUAUAAUACGUUAUGCAAAUCCAACACACGUUUGCCAAUCAAGAAAAAGAAAUCGGUG